AUGACCUUCGGCCUCUCUUCAAUCGUCACUGGCGCUGCUUCUGGUCUUGGCCGAGCCACCGCUGCCGCCCUUGCCUCUCGAGGAGGAAAAGUCGUCAUCUUCGAUCUCCCCAACUCCGACGGCCAGGCUGUUGCAAAGGAACUCGGACCCAACGCCAUCUUCUGCCCUGGUGACGUCACCAACCCCGAAGAUGCCAAAAAGGCUGCUGAGCUCGCUGCUAACGAGUUUGGCCACUUGCAAGUACUCGUUAACUGCGCUGGGAUCGGCAUCGCCAAGCGAAUCUACAACGCGCGAAAGGACCAGCUCCACUCUUUGGAUGAGUUCGCCCGAGUCAUCAACAUCAACUUGAACGGAUCGUUCAACAUGAUGUCUCAGGCGACAAAAGUUAUGGUCCAGAAUCCAGCUGAUGCUCAGCUCGAUUUGACGGACCCGGUUAAUCCUGAUGUGAAAAUUACUCAAAAUGGUUGCAUCAUCAACACCGCCUCUGUCGCUGCUUUUGAUGGACAAAUCGGUCAAGCUGCUUACGCCGCUUCUAAGGGUGGCAUCGUUGGCCUUACCUUGCCUGCUGCCCGAGAUCUUGCCGCUGUUGGCAUCCGAGUCAACACCAUCGCCCCUGGCGUUUACAGAACUCCAAUCCUCGACGGACUCCCAAUGAAGGUCCAGACUGUUCUUGCCAAAACUGUUCCCUUCCCUCAGAGACUCGGUGAUCCAUCCCACUUUGCCCAAAUGAUCUGCGCAAUCGUCGACAACCCAAUGAUGAACGGUGAAACUAUCCGACUUGACGGUGCCAUCAGAAUGCAACCCUAA